AUGGAAGAUACCACACUGGCAUCUCUAUGUAACUCUUUAGGUGCUAUUAUAAUGGCUUUAAUUAUCGCUUAUCAUUUCGUUGUUGUCAAUGAUAAAGAUUCUUCUAAAGAGGAGACUUUAAAUUCUGAUCCUCCUUCUAAAGGUUUGGAAUGCCGACCCGGAAGAGCGACUUCUUUAGGGACGCCUCGAUUUGUCGAGGGUACCGCUCCCCCCAGUUGUGCGUGGAUAUUGGUUACAAAAGCUUAA